AGCCCGGCCCAUGUACAGUUUAUAUUCUUCGUUUUUUAUUUUCUUUUCUGACUUCGGAUUCCUCGGGAUUGAGAGGGGAGAAAUAUAUUCAGGAAUGAGGAGUAUUAUAGCAAGCUCCGGUUAUCCAGAGGUUCGAUUACAAUCCUAGAGAAACCUCUUUCUCGGCCUCGGACAUCAUGGUUUCUUCCACUGUGAAGGAUUUACUGGGUCAACUCGACAAAGAUUCGUUUGUCUCUCUUCUCUCUAAGCUCAUCGGAGAGGCCAAAUACGUUCAGAACAAUCCACCAGAGCUGAUCCCAGAAGAGGAUAGAGUAGUCCGGCACGUCUUGGAUGCACUCCUUCCAUACAGCACUACCACUGGUGGAGGACCUUUGAUAGUAAACCAUGUCACCUACGUUAAGGGUAGAGGCAACAUUAUUGUCGAGUACCCGGGGACUGUUCCCGGGAAGAUCCUCUCGUUUGUCGGAUGUCACAUGGACGUUGUCACGGCCAAUCCCAAUGAAUGGGAUUUUGAUCCUUUUUCAUUGAGUAUCGAUGGAGAUAAACUCCGAGGUCGUGGAACAACCGAUUGUUUGGGGCAUGUAGCACUUGUAACUGAACUCAUGAGAAUGCUGGGGAAGACAAAACCGGAGUUGAAGUCAACUGUGGUGGCUGUCUUUAUAGCAAAUGAAGAGAACUCAUCAAUUUUGGGGGUUGGAGUUGAUGCUCUUGUAAAAGAUGGGUUGCUUAAUAAGCUCAAGCAUGGUCCUCUGUUUUGGAUUGAUACUGCAGAUAAGCAACCUUGCAUUGGUACUGGUGGUAUGGUAUCCUGGAAACUUAGAGCAACAGGGAAGCUUUUUCAUAGUGGUCUUGCUCACAAGGCUAUAAAUCCUUUGGAGCUAGCCAUGGAAGCACUUAAGGAGAUUCAGCUGCGGUUCUAUAGAGACUUCCCCCCACAUCCCAAGGAAAAGAUUUAUGGAUUUGCAACACCUUCAACCAUGAAACCAACUCAAUGCAUGGUAGAUGUGAUUAAAAAGGUUCAGGGAUAUGUGGAUGAUAUUAAUGCCAACAUAGAGAAGCUAGACACCCGAGGACCUAUCUCAAAAUAUGUACUCCCUGAAGAAAAUCUCAGGGGAAGACUUACAAUAAGUUUUGACGAGGAUAUAACAUCUGGAGUUGCUUGUAAUCUUGAUUCUCAUGGCUUCCAUGUGUUGUGUAAAGCAACCAAAGAUGUGGUUGGACAUGUAAAACCCUAUUCAAUCACCGGGAGUUUGCCAUUGAUUCGAGAAUUGCAGGAUGAAGGCUUUGACGUUCAGACUGCAGGCUAUGGUUUGAUGGCCACAUACCAUGCAAAGAAUGAGUACUGCCUUCUCUCUGAUAUGUCUCAAGGCUUUGAAGUGUUUACAAGCAUCAUUUCCCAACUAGAAGAUAUUGACAGUUGAAAGUCUGUGUGUGGCUGUGUGCACUCACAGGUGCACGCCUAUAACAAUUUAAGAUUGGCAUAAAUUAUCUAAUUUAAAUCUGUAAUAACAAUAAGUUCCUAUAAAUAUAGAAAUAAUACUUUUUUUU